AGCUUGUGCUCGUAAGGCUGGGGCAACGGCAAAUAAGCUUGCAGUUUCUUAAAUAAAUAAACAAGAGGGAAAAAAACAAAAACUGAAAUAAAUCAAAUAAAAUAACAAACAUAUCAGGCAUUUUUGCUGAAAUCACUUGUGUUUGAGGAAAUAAGCUUGAAUAUAAAAUGUAUCCACGGGCUUAGCGAUAUAUAUCGUUAGCAUAGCUUUUCGAUAUCUUAUAAUUAUACCAAGUUUCAGUAUGGCAAGCACUAACUCGACAAAGCUGGUCACACUGAAGUCAGGAGCAAAGCGAAUUCUUCUAGAACGUUUAGCUGCGAAUUGAUAAAAUUGUCACCCUAAUAUGCGUGGACGCUUUAUAACCAAGUAUAGAUUGCCAGUCAAAAUAUCUAACAUGAAACACAAAGAUAAUAAAAAAGAAGAUGGAGAUGGUUCACAAGAAGAAAACAAAGCUGAUGAAUCAAAUGAGAGUGAGAAUGAGAAUAAGAAUGAGAAUAAGAAUGAGAUUGAGAUUGAGAAUGAGAAUAAGAAUGGGAAUAAGAAUGAGAAUGAAAUGAAGGAAUCAGAGGUAAAUGAGAUCACUAACCGUAGUAUUAGUGAUGAGGUGGAGUGUAAUAAAGUCGAUAUGAAACCGGCCGUCUCGGAUUUCGAUAUCAUCAGCAUCUAUGCGGAGAUAUCAAAGUUGACCACUAUAGAGCGUUAUCUGAAUAUGCUAUAUCGUCCCUCCACUUGCUUUGUGCGCACAAAUUGCCACUUUAAGCUCUCUGAUCUGGACUACUUUCUGUCGGAAACACGCUAUGAGCCGGAAAAGCACUCGGCCCUGUUCAUACGGCUCUCGAAUCCGACGUGCAGCUUACGGCUUUACGAUAAUGGCAACAUCUGCUCCAAGGCCUAUUCGUACAAAAGCGCCGCUCUGGGCAUACGUCGUCUCAUUGGCACCAUAGAGCAUCUAGGCUAUUCGCUCGUGUUUCAGAAUCCCCGCUUCAAUGUGGUCAAUGCGACGUUCUGUAUGCCAUUCUGUAUCGAUUUGGCAUUGCUAAGCGUGGAGUACAGUGAGGACUGCGAAUACAAGCCCCAAACACAUCCAUAUCUAAUAUUCAAGAUUCGCAACUCGACCACUAAGCUGGCCAUCUUUAACAACGGCUUUAUCUUUGUGAUGCUCUCGUCGAUGCCGCGCCACACCCAGCAGGCAAUCACCUUUAUAAUGCCCAUUCUCUUCCGGCAUAGAGAUGCUGACAGAUCGGUGGAUACAGAGCUGAGCAUCGGCGACAUUAAUUUCAAAUUGCUCUGGGAAAAUGAGUUCCAGCUGCUAUACCAAAGCUUUGUCAACUAUUCCAAAUGAGCAACAAUGUUGAUGUUAGCUCUUUUCCUAUUUCUUAUUGUUUCUCUUGUUGUUGGCCAACGUUUAUUUUUGAUACAUGAACCUAAAACUUUCUAUAUCUAGUAUAUGCUCAUAAAUGUCGAAAUGCACCGCCCGGAGUAGAGGAAACUUUUUUGGCUUAGUUAUUUAAAUGACAAGUGGGCGUUGCGCCAACACACACACGCACACAGAAAUUAUUUAAAUAUGUACAUGGCUAAUUCCAAGAGAAAACAAAGAAAAAUAUU